AUGCCAGGCGGCGCCGCCCCCGCGCUCGGCAUGCCCGACGUGUCGCGGGUCGAGGCCCCCGUGACGCUCAAGGCGUACCUGAUGUGCGUGUUCGCGGCCUUCGGCGGCAUCUUCUUCGGCUACGACUCGGGCUACAUCUCCGGGGUCAUGGGCAUGGAGUUCUUUAUCCACGUCAUCGAGGGCGCCGACGCCACCGUGCUCCCCGCCUGGAAGAAGUCGCUCAUCACGUCGAUUCUGUCGGCGGGCACCUUUUUUGGUGCACUCAUGGCGGGUGAUUUGGCGGAUUGGUUGGGGAGGAGGAUUACCGUCAUUUUGGGGUGUGCGGUGUUUAUUGUGGGUGUGGUGCUGCAGACUGCGAGUGCCGGGUUGGGGCUGAUUGUUGCUGGGCGGUUGGUUGCUGGGUUUGGAGUGGGUUUCGUGUCGGCGGUUAUUAUCCUGUACAUGUCGGAGAUUGCGCCGCGGAAGGUUCGUGGUGCCAUCGUGUCGGGGUACCAGUUCUGUAUCUGUGUUGGGUUGUUGUUAUCGUCUUCGGUGGACUACGCCACGCAGGACAGGAACGACAGCGGCUCGUACCGUAUUCCGAUCGCCCUCCAGAUGGCGUGGGCUUUGGUUCUUGCCGGUGGGCUGUUCUUCCUGCCCGAGUCGCCACGGUUCUUCGUCAAGAAGGGUAACCUUGAGGCGGCCGUUGUCACACUGGCGCGGUUGAGGGACCAGCCACAGGAUUCCGACUACGUCCGGGACGAGCUGGCUGAGAUUGUCGCCAACCACGAGUAUGAGAUGAGCGUGAUUCCGCACGGCAAUUACUUCCAGGCCUGGGCUAUGUGCUUCCGGGGUUCGAUCUGGAAGGCCAACAGCUACCUCCGGAGGACUAUUUUGGGCACGUCGAUGCAGAUGAUGCAGCAGUGGACUGGCUGCAACUUCGUUUUCUACUUCGGCACCACCUUCUUCCAGCAACUCGGCAUCAUCCAAAACCCGUUCCUCAUCUCGCUCAUCACAACCCUCGUCAACACCUGCUCGACCCCGAUAUCUUUUUACACCAUGGAACGCGUUGGACGGCGGCCUCUCCUGAUCUGGGGCGCCCUGGGCAUGCUCAUUUGCGAGUUCAUCGUGGCCAUCAUUGGCACUGUCAAGCCUGACGACGACACGGCCGUCAAGGUCAUGAUCGCCUUCAUCUGCAUCUACAUUUUCUUCUUUGCAACUACCUGGGGCCCGGGUGCGUGGGUUGUCAUUGGCGAGAUCUUCCCGCUGCCGAUGCGCGCCAAGGGUGUCGCCCUGUCGACCGCGUCGAACUGGCUGUGGAACUGUAUCAUCGCUGUUAUCACCCCUUACAUGGUGGACGAGGACAAGGGCAACCUCGCGGCCAAGGUGUUUUACAUCUGGGGUGGUCUCUGCACAUGCUGCUUCGUCUACGCGUAUCUGCUGAUCCCGGAGACCAAGGGGCUGACGCUCGAGCAAGUGGACCAGAUGCUGGGCGAGGCCACGCCGCGCAACAGCGCCAAGUGGGUGCCGCACAGCACGUACGCGGGCGGCGACCUGAAGGCGGAGAAGGAGGUCGGACAUGUUGAGAAGUCGGACAGCGACGCCAACGUGUAG